ACUUCGGGUUGAAACUGUGUCCGUGAAUGUCUUCCGGGAAAUGGUCCCACUGGUGGAUAAGGAGGAAAGUCCCCGACACUCCUCCUCCUUCUUCUUCCUCCUCUGCCAAUCCCGCUUAAGCGAAACAGUCAGCCCGGCGUUCGCCAAGCCAGCCGCCGACUUGUGGUGCUCUCCGUGCGGCAGAGAGAAGUCACGUCGUCGCCCAACUAUGGCGACGGUGACCACGGUGGCCUUGCUGUCGGCAGCUUGGGUAAUUAUUGCAGCUCAGCCUCCGUGUGACCCUCUGACUCAAUACAUAGACAGCGGGCGGUGCUGCCAAAUGUGUGAUCCAGGCACUAGGAUGUCUAACUUGGGCACGUGCUCAACUCCUCAAUGCCUCCCAUGCGACGACAACGAGUAUCAGGAUACAUACACGACGGAAGACAAGUGUCAACGUCAGCCGUACUGUGACCCGAAUAAAAACUUUCAGAUUGGGGAACAGAGGAGCAAAACCGAAAAAAGCACCUGCCUGUGUAAACAGGGAUUCCACUGCUCCAGUGAUGUGUGCCUCACUUGUGUACCGCACAGGCCUUGUGAGCCUGGAUGGGGGGUGGUCGUGAAAGGGAAUCAAACCCACGACACAGUAUGCCACAAAUGUCCUGAAGGCACAUUUUCUAACCAGAGCUCAUGGGACAGCAGCUGUAUGACAUGGACCAAGUGUGAGGGCGCCUACGUUGUCGGUCGAAGAGGAUCAGACUCCUCUGAUGUCGUAUGUGAGAAGAACCAGCGGCGGCAUGUAUUCAUUGCAUGUGGGGUCUUAGCUGUGAUCGUGAUCCUGCUACUAGCGGCCAUCAAGAAGAUCUGGUUCUCAAGAGGCAAAGAAGCAGAUUCCAAGGGAAAGGCAUGUGUGCCAUGUGACAAAGAACCCACCAGAGAAGUAUUCUUCGCGUCGCCUCACGGGGUCGACGAAGAGGCCGCGUGUCCUGCUGCACGGGUGUCGCUGGAGGACACCGGCAGCGGCGGCUCAGGGAUGCCAGAGGAGAACGAGGACAGUCCCGGUCAGGCCGCCGUGGGAGAUUUACUCUUCAGCGAAAGAGGCAACUAUGUAACGCAGGAGAACGGGAAAGCAGAAGUGCUCUCCCGUCAGGAAUCACAAAGCAUGACUGUGAACAAUGAAAUGUCUUGGUGAGCGCUCUGCCGGAUGGCGCCUAAUCCUGCACACGGCCAAGAACAAUCACCUCUACGUUCACUUUGUGACCAUCUUGAUUUUUUUCAAUGUCGCGGUUUGUCUCUAUCGGAGACUGAACCGUCCACCAAAGACCUUCAGAGGGAGUAUCAGCAUCUAAGCGGAGGCGGGACGCCAGCUCUGUGAGCCCGGAAAAGCAGGCCUGAAAAAUCUAACACCAGACUUGUGCGUAGACUUUCUGUUGAACACCCGAAACUCAAAUCUCUCACCUUCAUGUUUGUGAAAGUGUGCAACGUUUGCCACAAUAUCCGUCCGUCUUCACUGCAUUCUGUUAAAGGCAAAGGCCGUUGCACGUUAUUUUUCAAUUUUGCUUGACCUUUGUCUGAAAGAGUGUUAACAUUGACAAGUUAAUUUAUUUUCAUACUUGUUUGACGCCUGAAAAUUGUAAAGUGUUGCAUUUUUGUUGUACGUUAGCUCUGGACACUACAUUUACAGUCGCUCUAUACGUAUUCAAAAUAUGACAUUGAAAUUUGCCAUCGGAUUAUGUAGGGGGUGGGGCCUUCUGUUUAAAAAAAUGCCCAGGUGUCUCAAUUACAGGUCUGUGUCAUGCUUUUGUCGUAAUAUUCACUUCUAUUGGUAACUUGUUUCCUUUCCAUAAUAGCUAAAUGCUGCUUCACAAUGUUUGCUUUGGAUUCUGCGCUCCACUAUUUGACCUGAGUCUGUCGGCCUCAGAGCCCGACUGGAUUUGUAUCCCAUUAGCAUGUAUUCAGCACCAAACCCAUUUUAGUGUUUUAUAGAUCAGUAACUGAACUUUAA